CGUUCAAGUCUUACUCGGCAAAUUUGAGUUUGUGGUCGAAAUACAAAGAAACUUUUGUUUUUAAAGGUAACUUCCGGAAAUUCGUCGCUUCGCUUCCUGUAGCUUCACAGUGGCCCAGUCAAAACAAUGCAGUGUAGCAGCGGCGAGUAACGUCAGCUUUAAAGAGCAAAAAUCUAAUUUCUCCACGGUCUCGGUGCUCCGUGUCCGCCCGCUUUGUAUGUCGGUCGAAUCGUGCCCGGGGUUUAUUUUACACCGAGCCGCCAUUGUUCGGGAUUUAACCGUUUUUGUUUGGCUGGAAAUGGAGUCCCCCAACGGCUGGCUGACAGCAGCAGAGGGGAGGGGCUGAACGGCGAAGCAAACACGGAGUUUGCGUCGAUAAACUCGGUGAAAUAAACUCUCGGUAGGCCGGUGGGUGACAUGGUGGAGUAGUAGCGGUCGUCGGCACUGAAGCUCUCGGUGUCCUCCGAUCUCUCUCCCCGGAGAGGACCGCCAUGGCGCCGGGCUCUCUGGUGGCGGCCUGCCGCAGUCUGGCCCUCUCUACGUGGCUGCUCUCCUUCUGCUUCGUCCACCUGCUGUGUCUGGACUUCACCGUGGCCGAGCGGGAGGAGUGGUACACCGCCUUCGUCAACAUCACCUACAUGGACCCGGCCACCUCCGAGGUGCGCACCGAGAAGACGGAGUGCGGCCGCUACGGGGAGCACUCCCCGAAGCGGGACGCCAAGGGGGUGGUGGUGCUGCCCGCCGCCCCGCUGGACCGGCAGGCCUGUGAACCCCACACCCGGUUCGUGGUGCCCUCGCAGGCCGCGGCCGGCUGGAUAGCACUGAUAGCCCAUGGGAACUGCACAACCAAGGACAAAAUCCGCCAUGCUGCCGCCCACAACGCCUCGGCGGUGGUCAUUUUCAACGUGGGCUCCACCAACCCCAACGACACCAUCACCAUGCGCCAUCAAGGGACAGGCGAGGUGGUCGUCAUCAUGAUCCCGGAGCCGAAGGGUCGGGAGGUCGUGGCGCUGCUGGAGCGCAACAUCACGGUUACCAUGACGAUCACCAUCGGCACCAGGAACCUGCAGAAGUACGUGAGCAGGACGUCGGUGGUGUUCGUCUCCAUCUCCUUCAUCGUGCUGAUGAUCAUCUCCCUGGCCUGGCUCGUCUUCUACUACAUCCAGAGGUUCAGAUACGCCAACGCGCGCGACAGGAACCAGCGUCGUCUUGGCGACGCGGCGAAGAAGGCCAUCAGCAAACUUCAGGUCCGCACCAUCAGGAAGGGCGACCAGGAGACGGAGGCCGACUUCGACAACUGCGCCGUCUGCAUCGAAGGCUACAGGCCCAACGACGUGGUCCGCAUCCUGCCCUGCAGACAUCUGUUCCAUAAGAGCUGCGUGGAUCCGUGGCUGCUGGACCAUCGGACGUGUCCGAUGUGUAAGAUGAACAUCCUGAAGGCUCUGGGCAUCGCUCUGAACGCCGACUGCCUGGACGACCUGCCGCUGGACUACGACCUGGCGCUGGGCGGCGUCGCCGGCGUGGGGAUGGGCGGAGUCGGCGCCCUGGCGCUGGAGGCCGUGGCGUCUGGGGCGUCCAGCGACGGGACGCUGAGCGAGGGCGGGUCCUCGGUGGUUCUGGACCCCGGCGUCAGGCGGGUCGGGCUCCCGCAGGACUACCAGGACUCGGACCCGCUCAGAGACAGCCCUGUGACGGCCACCACCGACACCCACACAGGUGAGCUGCAGCCGAUGGCGAGCAGCGCCUCUGUGGCAUCGCUGGUCAUCGCCGUGGAAACCGGCCUGUCGGACGAGGAGGGGUCCAUGGAUCGACCUCAUAUGGGUGCCAAAUCCUGAGAACAGCCCAGCAGAACCGAGCCAGAACCAGGCCAAAUUAAGCAGGACCUCAUUGAACCAGAAGGUCCAGAGAGACUAGAACCAUCUGACGUAAACGUGCUAACAGCCUGGUCCUGGAUUAGGCCCGUCUGGUCCAGAACCACGAGGCUCGACUGGGUUUGGAUUCUUGGAGCGGACCCGCUCAAAGGAAGCGGACGUGUUUCAGUUUUCACCUUUGAUUGUUCUUGGUUCUUCAUCCCGACUCUGCCUGGUUCCGUCCCCAGUGAUCCACUUGGUUCCGUCAGCAGAACCCAGUCAUUCCUGACAGAACCCAUCCGUCUGGUUUCUCCAGAGUUCUUUCACAACGGGUCUCUCCUUGCUAUGGUUCUGGUUCUCCAGAUUCGGACCGCCUCUCUCUGACGUUUUGCAUCGUCUGACUGAAAGACUUUGAUCUCAAUCGGACUCUGAUCGACCCGGCAGUAUUACUCCUGCAGUAUUGAAGACCCGCCUCCCUCGUUCGGGUCCGUUUGACCUUUGAACUUUUCUGAGUUUCGGGUUCAGUUCUUCCUCUGGAAUCAACAAAGUUUUAUUUAAAACGUGAAGCACAGAUGAAAGGAAGGAGAAGAAGAUGCUGCCUGGAUCUCUGAAUCGGUACCAGAACCAAACCUGGAGCAAACGUUGAGUUUCUCAACUCUCCAUCUCCUUUAAACUUCGGUUUCCAUCACAGGAACUCUUGGUGCUUUUGGACCACAGCCGGUUUCCUUUGGAGCCAAAAUCCCGUUGGGUUUAGGUUCGGUCUCAGAGUUUUUAUUGAUCCAUAAACUGAUUGGAAAUUCCUCAUAGAACCCGUUUGACGUCCCGUUGGACCGCCGUGGAUUUCCUGUAGUUCUGGAGCAAAUUCCACCUCGUUUUGUUCAAACUAGUUCUUUACUAUUUGAAUAUUCAAAUAAUUGAUCAAACAUCAGUUUAGAUGUGAUGCAGAACUCUUUCUGGUCCCAUCAGCUCCUCUGAUGUUAAUUAGCAAAACCUUAAAUCUGCAGAAAUGUUGGGAAAUGCAACGGAAAACAAUGAGGCAAGAUAAAGAUCUAGAACCUGCCAGUUUCCUAAAGAGUUUCUCUCAUUAAACAGUUUAACUUUUAACUUGCUUUAGGCGACCAGAACCAGUAGAUGACCAGCUUAAAGAGCCUAAAUGCUAAAGCUGAUAAAUUAGCUGAUAUUUAUGAUACAUUUCUGAUAUGCAGCCUCUCGUUGAUAAAAUCAAUCUAAAAUCAGUCUAAAAUAUAACUCAGAAGUUAAUUUGUAAAAAUUAAAAGAUGCUCAGAUUGUUGUUCAUACAAAUUUUAUGUUAAGAAUAAUCUAUAAUCCUGUUGGUUUUUAUCAGCCAGUUAAAUGUAGUUCCUUGAUUUAAAGGUUCCAGUUCUCUGAUAAAUUAAAUCAGUUUUGCAAUAAAGUUAAAUGUUUCGGAGGUUUUCUGCUGAAUUGUUUCUUGUUUUUUAUCGUCGAUGGUACGAACCGGUUGCAGCUUGGAGGAUUAAACAAAGUUUUACUCUAAUAAAUUCAAUUUAAUCCCUUUUUAGCGUGAUGCUAACGUUGCUCUGACUGAGAAAGCGACGGGAUCUUCCUCGGUGAAUUGCCGGGAUAAUUUAGCGGUACCUCUCCAGAACCCUGUGGUCCAAAAGCACCUUCAGCGUUGCCUUGCUCCUCUUCCUCAACGCGCCUGCGCCUUCAUCCUGCUGCCUUUUUCUACCUUUACCUUCUGACAAUGUGUUGGUCUGGACCGCCGCCGCGUUAUUCCCCCCCCAGAAACACGGACUGCGAGGGAAAGGUUCCUGGUUCUGCCUCGACCCGUUCCUCGUCCUGUAAAUAUGAAACGGGUUCACUUCGCUGUUUGUUCGCUCCGGACGUUGUCGACGAGAAAGAAAGAGAUUGUCGUCUAUUUUGAUACCAGAGGAGACGUUUAUUUUUGUAACGAAGCAGCAGAGACUGAUUUAUCCGCGCCGUCCGACCCGCCAGCAGCCCGGACGGUUCCGAUCGGGCUGGUUUAGACGUUCAGUAUUUGUGUAAUUGUACAUAAAAGCUUGUUGUUGUUGUUUUUAUUUCCAGAGCUUGUUUGGUUGAAACCUGAGAGAACUGAGCUCACCUUCAUGGAUGGAAACGAAGAAGCGACUUCAGCGGAAAUAAACGGUUUCCUUUGGUAUUUGUCUGUUUUCCAGUCUCAGUGCUUCUGUUUCCAGUGGGUUCGGUUCCUCUCAGAUUCUUUCUGGACUUCUUUCUUUGCUUCAGCAGGUUCCCGUUGUAAACACUAAGUAAUUUAUACUCUGUAAAAUCAGAGCACUCAUAAGAAAUGACGAAUUUGUACGGAUUGUCUUGGACAAUUUUCAGAGAGAAAUGUUUUAAUUAAAGUCACCUGCUUUGUGUUGUGAG